UGAAUUUUUUCUUCAAUAUUUCAUUGUUUUUGUUAAAUUUAAUGAACAUGCAAGAGAUUGUCAGACAAGCAAAAAUAUGUCAAAGAUCUUACAUGCUAUUUGGUCCACCACCUUAAUGCCAUACCCUCAGUUACACCCUUUUCAUGCAUCCAAUUCAACCAUCCUAUGAACUCCUCCUCAUUUAUGACAAGGAAAGAUCUCCAUUAGCGACAGUGUGACUGAGUGUUUGAUAUGCUUUCUUCUGAGGUAUAUUGUAAGAUUAUUUGGACCGGAAUCGUGACACUUAGUCUCCAAAUUUAAUUAGCUAUCUUAAAUCUUCUUGCGUAGAGGUGGCACUUGGACCAAGCUAUGAAUGAUACCAGGCAUAGAGCUCCGGCUAUAAAUUUGGAGUGCAGCAACAUCCUGCCCAAGUCUGUUCUUGUGUUUGAGAGGGAAAAGGCAGGGGGAGUUUGGCAGGGAGAUAGUGAGGUAUAGAUAUAUAAGGCCAUCUUCUUCUCUCUCACCUUCCAUAGGCAGAGAGGUAUAGACAUAUAAGGCCACCAUCUUGAAGCCAAGGGAGGUGGUCAGGAGGAAGAGAGCUGGGAAUGGCUGCAGGAAGAGCAACCCUAGCACUGGGGGUAGCUUCUCUUCUUCUUGUGGCCUAUGCUAGCGCGCAUGAUUUUGUAAGGUUUGGGUACAGGGGAGCAAUUGGACCUGACAAGUGGGGUGGCUUAUGCCCUGACUAUGAACUGUGCUCAAAAGGAAAGCAUCAGUCUCCAAUCAAUAUUGUGAAAGAUGAUGUGGUCUAUGAUCCGACGCUCGAACCUCUUCAGAGGGAUUAUGCUGCCACAAAUGCUACCCUUGUCGACAAUGGCUUCAACAUUGCGCUUCGGUAUGACAGUGGUGUAGGGCAUGUGAUUGUGGGUGGAAAGAACUACACCUUGAUACAAAUGCAUUGGCAUUCACCUUCUGAGCACACAAUUGAUGGAGAGCGAUUCCCUGUGGAGCUCCAUCUUGUUCACAGUAGUGAUGACGGCAACAUCACAGUUGUAGCAAUCCUGUAUCGAUUCGGCCAUCCUGAUCCUUUCGUCUCCCAGAUAAAGAACAAGGUUGCUGAACUGGCCAAGGAAGUCUGCGCUGGUGAUGAAGAGGCACAUGUUCCAGUCGGAAUUGUGCAAACGAGGGCCAUGAAACGCCACUCUCGCAAGUACUUCAGAUAUGUUGGAUCGCUUACCACACCUCCAUGCACUGAGAAUGUCAUUUGGAACAUCCUCGGCAAGGUGAGGGAGAUGACCGCGGAACAAUUAGCUGAACUGAAGGCGCCUUUGCACGAGGAGUACUACAACAACUCAAGGCCAACACAGCCAUUGAAUGGGAGGACGGUGCUGCUCUACGACGAGUCUAAGGCCAGUUAACCUCAGUAUAACCAAAGAUAACAUGCAUCAUCACCUGGAUUGUCAUUGUAUCACCGAAGAGGAAGAAAUGAAUGAUGUACGAAGCUACAUUUCAGCUAGUACAGAUUGAAAUCUCUUUGGAGUUUGAAAUGCUGCCUGCACCCAGUUGUGACGAGUGCUACUUUUUCAAAUGAAUCAGAGUAAUUUCCUUUUUAUCAGCUAAA